CACAACUUUCAAAAUUUGAUCCCCUCUAUCCUAUUUCCGAAUUUCGUCUUCGGAAUAGUUGUGCACCGUUCUUGUUUAGAACUACCUUGUCAUUUCCUCUUUCCACUUCAAUGCACAUACCGGUCUCUAUCAAAUUUCGUGCGUUUCUUUCAAACAAAGGUACAAAAUCAAUUCUCUUCAAUGGCUUGCGAACAACAAUAAUACCAAGCUGCCGGGGCAACUCAAGUUGGUGACCUGAAUGCAGGACAAGAAUUGGAGUGGGGUUUUUUGACUCCUUCAUUUGGGCAACCUGCAAGAGAGCAUCGAGGCCAGACAAAGAUCCGUCUCCCGGGACAAUUGUGAAAGCCUCGUUCUCAAAAAAAUCCAAGACCGAUUUGCGCAGGUUAUUCUUGUCUCCGCAAUUGUUAACAUGCAACCGCUUUUCCUCGCAUUCUGGUGAAUAGCGCUUGAGAUGACCAGGUGGAGCAAACUGGUUGUCAGAAAUGAACAAAUCAUAACUUGAAGAUUCAAGAGCCCGGAGUGCAUCUUCAGCAGUACAAGCGGUGCUCACAGAAAUAGGGCAGUUGCAAAAAUCGGUGAAAAUAUCAAGUACGGAACGAACAAGCCCCUUUCGGAGCAUCGGCACGUCGUCAGCUACCAAAAUUCGAAAGCAGCCAUCGGCCGAGUAGGGAGAUGGUUGUGGUGAAAAGAUAUAUUGUGUGGAUGACAAAUCAAAAGCUUCCUUCGGAUCCGGCGCGGACUCUACCAUUGCCUUGGCUUCGUGGACAUCCGAGACAACAGGAAUUGUUAUGUACAACACAGUUCCUUUUCCCGGAAGGUCAUCACUGCAGAGGGAUUCCAUCGGUAAUGAUAACAAAUCCGGUGACGAUGAAUUCUUGACGUUCCUCAAAACGCUAGCCAUAUCUUCGUUGCACAAUUCUUGAAAUGCAUCUAGAUCCGUAAGGUUCACCUCGGAACCAAGCGUACUCGCAAGUUGAUGCGCAAGAUGUAGGCCAAAACCGCUAUUCUUCGCACCACUAUUCAUUUUCGACUUCGAUGAAUCAGAAUUAAAUAGUCCAGCCUCUGCAAUAUUAAGGAGUUCUCUGCUGAGGCCUGGACCAGUGUCCGCAACUCCCACGGCCACGUAUUUGACAUCUAUAUAAGAAAGAUCGUCCUCGUCAUCAAAUUGAUGGCUGCUCAUGUUGUCCCUCUCUCCCCCAUCUUUUCUGCUUGUUGGUGAUGACUUUUCUGUAGGUUCCACGGGUAUAGUUUUGCUUUUCGUUUUGCUCUUUACAGGAUCGAUACUUUCCAAGGAGCAAACAAAAGGUUGCACAGCACCCGCCGUCGUAAAUUUGACGGCAUUGCUUAUAAAAUUCGUUAUAAUGCGGACGACUAUAUCUUCAUCCGAAUAAGCUAUCUGAGGUUCCGGCAUUGGUGAGAAAGACAUCUUCACUCCUCUGGUUUGGGCCUUUACUAGCUGCAUCGUCGUCGCUCUAUUUACAAGAUCUUGUAGAUCAAAGAAACCCUUUUUAGUUUCGAAAGAACCAGCUUUGAUCUUUGAGACAUCAAGGAUAUUAUUCAACAUGUUUAAAGAAUAGUUGACGACUUCCUUGUUUUGAUCUAGCAUUUCGCUUACCGAUGACACAAGUGUCUUGGAAGAAAUGGAUGGAUCAUUCUGUAGCGAAGAUGUCAUUUCUGACAUUGCAACCACAGAGGACAGGGCAUUUCGAACUUCGUGGAACACCUGAGCAGAAAUGAGUGCCUGUGCUUUUGCAAAGCUACUCUUGUGUUCCUCUUCGAGUCGCUCGUGUUCAACCCACGCUCCUUGCAUGGCUCUAACAUCGGCCUCGAUGGCUUCUUGCAAAGUGUGAGUUGAAAGACUUUGCUUUUCUUCUGCCAUCACCAUACGACGAGAAAUUGCGUCGCGUAGCUUUUGACGUUCGACGACACACUUGGCUAGAAUUGUAUCCACCAUUGCUUGGUGCUUUUCCUUUAGGUUGCGAGACUCAGUACGAAAUCUUCUUCUUUCCUCCUUGCGUUCAGCAAUGUGUCUCUUCUCCAUCUUCUUUUCCGCCGCGCGAAUUUUUCUCUUUAACUCUUUGACAAAUAUGUGGCCCACAGGAGACAGACUGUCGGCCGAAUCCAUAGAGGUUGAAUUCGCAGUUGAUCCACUUUGAACUGAAGAAGUGUCAUUGUCCCUCGAUGACUUAUCGACUCCACCGCUAGCAUCAUUCACUUCUCUGUGUUCACCAAAUCCGUAACCUGCAGGAUGAAAUUCAUCACUUUUUGGGCUUCUGAUGUUCUGAGCAAUGUCGUUAUGCUGUUGAUCUUCUUCCUCGUCGUCAUCUUCCCAAGAAUCGAAAGAAUCUGUUUCGCUCGAAGAGAGACCAAUGGAUCCAGUUGCUACCGACCAUAGGAUAGUGUCGUACAAAUCACUCACUGACAAGAGAACCUUCGAUUGAGAUGCUUGAAAAUCUUUUUUGCGUUCGGUUCUCUCAACGAGUUCCUUCGUUUUCCUCAGGUCUUCUCGGUCUUGAAUUUCGUCUUUGACAUAAGUAGCAAUCAAUUCCGCCAUUUCAAUCAUAUUCUGAGCCUUGGUAUCAGUGACUUCCUUCUCCCGUUUCUUUUGGUUCUCCAUUUGUUCUUUAAGAUUCCUUAUUUGCAUUUUGAAGUAAGCAUCAGCGGCCUUCUCCUUACUUUCUUGAACCUGGUCUAAUAAUGAGAUAAUCUUCUC